GAGUGGGUUUUUUCAGUAGGUGGCGUUUGGCCAAAGCAACGCACUCGCGUACUGGACAAGAUCAUGUUGGUAUAUCUCGGCGUGAACAUGUUUAUGGAAUAUUGGGACCUGAUCGAUGUACUGCACGACCUCGAUGGGAUAGUGGCAAACAUCCUUCGAACAAUGGUAAACACGGCGAUUUGCAUCGGUCUUAUUCAAAUAUCCAAACAUAGAAAGCAAUUGGAAGAGCUGAUCGUGGCGGUGAGGAGAGAUAUCACCGAUGGCGCGUCGUUCGAGAACGACGAGGAGAAACAGUUGUACCUCAACUACAACACGAUCUCCUAUAACUUCGGCAAAUGCACCACGAUAAUCGCGACCGGCAUUACUGUCCUGCUCUGGUCUCAACCUUUGAUAGAACAUCUCGCUUCUUCUAAUAAAGAUAACAAUACUGCUUCCUACGAACUCCCUCUUCGGGUUCACGUCUUCUUCGACUACCACACAGUUGAACUCUAUACACUGCUGUACGCGUUCCAAAUGCCUAGCAUGUAUAUACCUAUGUACCAUGUAGCGGAAGUUAGUUUUAUAGUUAAUAUGGUGCUACACCUCUGCGGCAAAUUAUCGAUACUAUCCUACCGUAUUCGAAAUAUCGAUGUGAGAUCAUCGGAAUCGUUUCAAGUUGACUUGAAACGGAUGGUGGCCAUGCAUUUGGAGCUGAUAAAGUUGUCGAAAACGUUAAACGACUGUUUCGAUAUCAUCCUUUUGAUAGAACUCAUGAGCUGCGGUUCGAGACUGGGCUUAGCAUUGUACAUUGUACUGAUCAAAAUCGCCGAUCCGUUGAUUGUGGCCAAUUUCCUUCUCUAUUCCAUCAAUGUUGGUGCCUUUCUAUACAUAUUCUCAUAUGUAGGCGAACAAGUAAUGUACGAGUCCCGGAUGAUAGGCGAGGCAUUUUAUAGUAUCAACUGGCAUCGGGUGGCAAGCAACGAUAGAAAAUCAUUGUUGAUAUGUAUAACGAACGGACAAAGAAUAAUGUAUGUCACCGCUGGAACAUUUUAUAUUUUCUCACGAUCCGGAUUCACCGAGAUUGUGAAAACGUCCAUGGCGUGUCUCUCUCUACUGCAAGCCAAAAUGUAAUUGUAGAAUAGAUAAACGAAAAUGUAACAAAACGAAAAAUGCAAUUACAUGUGUAUUGACAUGGGAAUAUGAUUUGUCUCGUAUAUAAUAUUAUAACACAUGAUGUACUAUUACAUUAAAAAAAAAACAUUUUGUGACAACUAAUCCAUUUUGUUU